AUGAUGAUGAACGGAGAAUUUGACUUCGAAGAAACGUUCAACCCUACUACGAAUUGUUCGAACCUACCUCCUACAUUCAAUUGUACAAAUCCUCAAAUCCCCUCGUACCUUCCGAUCACGAGUCAAAUCAUCUACGUCGGGUUCGUACUGAUCAUUUCAAUGCUGCUGGGGAACUUGCUGAUUUCCUUGGCGGUAAAUGAGCUGCAAGAUCUCCUGCACGACGCCAAGUUGACCAAGAACAAAACCACAAUGGACCUGCUUCUCAGCAUAGAGUACAUCAUUAGAACAUUUGGUUGCAGACGUUUACUUUACAUUCCCAGCGCGGCGUAUAUUUUGCCGAACGACUCCAACAGAAGGGACUCGGUUUAUGCCGAAGGUCGAUUUUCGUGCUGGACUGGGAUUCGAAGUCGACUUUGUUGCCGACGAAUGUGGAGCGAUUCAGCAAUCGAACAGUCUUUGAAGUUGGAUGAGGAAACCAGGAUGACGCUUCAAGAAAUAGCACUUCGAAGAAAAGUCGGGUUGAAAGCAGGCUAUGAAGAAAGAAACGAAUUGUUCUCAACGAAAACUUCGAAAACUGUUCAUCUUAAAAGAUGUGGAACACGUCAGGUUAAGAAUGAAAAGCCUUUCCUCGGGCGAAGUGGCGACGGUUCUAAAGACAGGAAAGCAUGCGGUCGUGGUUUUGGGCUCCAACGAGUACAAAGUAAUUCCACGUCUGACGUGGUGUCCCUGGACGAAGGGCUGGAAAACCGAUUGAAAGCUAUCGAAAAUAACAUCGUGAAUCGAUUGUCCGCAUUGUUGGAACGAUCCGCGAGAUUUAGUCGACUCGGAGGGACUUUGUGUGUGCCUUCAGAUUCUCGCAUGAGUCGCCUGGAUAACGAUCCGGCCUCGGAUAAUUUGUUGCUUGAACAGAUGACCCAAUUCGGAAGAGGUUCUGCGAGCACAGGGAUCUCGAGUCUCCACGAGAGCUUCCAUAGACUAGGGUCGUCAGUUAGAUCAAUUCCCAAGCAUAACGCUGUUCAAGACUUCUGGAACAGUUUGUCGGAUAAUCAACAAAAGUUUGCCUUGGCCGGGGCUUGUAGUCUGGGUCUCUUGGUGGUCGGUCUUUCAGCCAACAAGCUUUUGAGGAAUCCUUCGCCGGCGGUUAUUGAGUCGACUGCUGUUGGGAAUGUGCCGAGCGGGGACUUUAUUCAAGCUGCGAUUUCUGCAGCUGAGAGUGUCAUAAAAAGUGAGCGACUCAAGUUGGAGGAGGCCUUGUGCGAUUCUAAAAGCGGAAAAAAACGGCAACAUUCGGAUAAUGAGAAUGCAGUCGAAUUUCACUCGGGCAAAACCCGCGCGAUUGAGCGGAAAUGCGACGUCGACGGCCGUGUGAAAGACGUACAUCGAAAACGGAAAGGAUGCACUGCGGUUGUCUCCAAAGUUUCGAACUCGUCGGCUGUGGGAAAAUACGGAGACUUUUCGGACACCCGCGCCCUCGAAGAAACCCAACAAACAAACAUUUGCCAGGAAAUCGUCCACCACCAGGAAUCCAAACUGACCGAGUUUUCUGCAGUGUCUCGUUCAUCAGUCAUUGAAAUCGAGCAAAAUCUAAACGAAAUCGAGUUCCGCAAAUCCAUCAGCUCGUCGAAAAUUGGCUUCACCGCACAAAUGCCUGCAACUGCAGCAGCUGAAGCCAAUAAUAAUAAUGAUAAUAAGGUUACAUCAUCAGCAGCAAUAACAGGCCCUGCAUCUGAUGAAUCCCCGGACAUCAUCAAGUUCUCUGAACCUUUCGUUGUCACACUGGACAAUCACGCCGACCCUGGAGACGAAACGUGGAACUCUUUGAAGCUCGACUUUUCUGCCAUUUCGGGAGCUGAGAUUCAGCGAGACAAAUUCGCCGCGGAUCAAACGGAAGAUUGCAUGCAUCGUCGGAUGUCGACUUUGCUUCACCGCGCUGCCGAGAAUAAGCGACUCAAAUCAGUCCCCAAUAAGGAACCCGAGAAAACUUCCCCAACACUGUGGGAGACGAAAUUCUUGGACAGAGGAGACUAUGCUCUGGAGAACAAUAAUCUCUUGAAUAAGUGUGAAGCUCAGUCUGUCGUGGAUUCCAGUUGGUUGGACACGAGCAUGAUUGUUCACGAUGGGCUUUCGAAGGCGAUUGAGAAUUUGGACGUUUCGGCCAUGUCAUCUCCCACAAUCAAGAACAUUCUUGUGAAAGACGACUUAAUUUCGGUUGAGCCAUUAGAUGUCCAGGAGAAAUGCCCACAAAACGAGGACGUCGAGGAAACUGAAAGUGUCAAAGACACUGACAAGAAGCGAGCUUCAAAAUAUCUUCUCGUGAAAGCUGAGAAUUCUUAUUCCCGGAGAAAAACGCACAUCGCGAGGAAGAAAUGUAGAAGAAACUUCAAUUCGAUCUAUUUGAGGUCUCAACUCAAGCAGAUUGAUUGUACUCCGAGCGGAACCACGUCCAUGAGUUUCUCCUCGCUGACUUCAAAGGGACACCGGGUUUUCCAGCAUUUGACGAAAAUCCUGGACAAGAUCGCUGCUGCGAACGAAAAGCUUGAAAAAAGUGCGGCGCCGCAGUCGGAGAAGCGAAAUAAAGAAGAAAUCGUGGGAGAGAAAGUGAUGGCCGAGAUCAGUGAAAUCAAGGAAGUUAUGCAAAGUAUCAAAAUGGCCGUGUUUUCUCUGUGUGUGCAACAAGUUGCUGGCUUGCAAAAUCAGCCAGUUAAAUCAUCCCCAGCAGCGCCGCAAUCGUGGACGACUUUGAGUGGUCUCUUGAAUGAAGCUCGAUACAGUGCUUACUUACAGAGAUCUCUAGUUGUUACCACUGCUGGAGACGCAGUUAGAGUCGGAGAGGAUAACCUCGAUGGCACCGACACACUGAGUGAAUUCGAGCAUUUGCUGAGCAAAUCCCACAUUCACGCGGAACAAUGCGAGCAAUUGAAACGUGUUCCUCUCGACACUCAGCCUGCUUUACCCAUUGUGAACAACGUGGCUGUGUCCCCUGCCUCGUCAGCCGAACACCACACGAAUGACACGGGCUUGUCAACUUGUUAUUUGAGCUCCGACUCGGCACCUCCCAUCAUUGAAGAAGUUGCUGCGGAAGCCGCGGAUGCUGUGGCAGUGGUUUGUGCCAAGAUGAGCGACACACUGUUCGACGCUUCUCCACUGGAAUACGACAGUGAUCAGCGACUCAACCGACAAACUGAGAAUAAAAACGAGUCUCCAGCCAACGAUUUCCACGACGAUCGAUCCGAAGCCGGUUCCCACGAACUUCCGUAUGACGACGCUCCACAAAAUGACACCCCGGAAGAAGCAGCGACAGCUGCAGCAGCUGCUGCUUCUGUGAAGCCAGGAAGUUCUCCCGCAGAAACAAAGCGAGAUUCUGUCGUCAAAAACCCAGCGGAGAAAGCUACAGGAAGUAACGCGGAUGACGACGAACUUCCGCAUUCCGUUAUUCCUCAAUUAGCCGCGGGCUCAUCAAUCGAAAAUGCGCCGAAGCGUGACGAUGAUUAUGACGACGGCGCUCAGGUCGACGCGAGUCCAUGCAUCUCCCCGUCUCUAAUUUCCGAGGGGACUGUCAUGGAGAUGAAGCAAAGUGAAGUUAUUGUCACGGAAAGCUUUCAGCCGUCGCCUAGUGCCCAGCAGAAUGCAUCCCACGAACCUCUGGUUGCACUCCGGAAGCAAUCGUCUUUUACCCGAUCCAAGCGAGGAAGGAUCCCUGUGCUUUCGCCAGCACGGAAACCUGCUGUUGGAACUUUGGAUGGGGUACCCACUGGAGGUACGACUAGGGAACCCAAGAAAAGGCGUACACUUGAAGGAACUGGAGUUUCAAAGAGUCCUGCUGACGGUAGGAGAAUAUCCGUGGCACCGGCUAUUAGAACGAAACCGAGCAGGUGAAAAUUAUUACCCUCCUCUUCCUAUAAAAAAAAAAUAAGCAAAUUUACCCCUUAAAC